UUUCAAUUCUUUAAACCUUGUGUCGAACGUGCCCAUCUUCCUGCCAUGGCGCUGUUCGCUGGGCUGAAACCUACAGUCAUCGUCAUUGGAUGUUGGCUCUCAGGCCCCGUCCUGCUUGCUGCGUGGACCGGCAUUUUCAUGCUGAGGAUGGAUUGGAUGUCAUUCCUCGUGGUACCUUCGUAUCUCUUGAUGAUGUUCAAGCUGCCAGAUUGGAAGCUUCGAUCCAGCUUUUGGCUUGCGACGAUCUUGCUGACGGCGACGUCUCAAGAUGUGUUGCGCUUGGUCUUCAGCGUUUCGGUCGCCAUUUUCGCCUCCCCGGUGAUUUUGGACUUUCGCCUGCCCAGCUGGCCGGGGUUCCUGCCCUUCAUGGAGAAAGGCUUCAAGGACUUCACGGCCAGGUGUGAGUUGAAAGGCCUGGAGAACAUCACCAAGCAGGACCGGACGGUCUUCGCGUUCCAUCCGCAUGGCGCCAUCAGCUUCGGAUUUACCGUCAAUGGGCUCUUUGAUUCGCAGUUCCUCGAGAAGUCUACAAAGAUGACCUUCUUAAUUGACGACUUCUUGCGCAAUGGCAAUCCGAUCUUCCGGCUUUUCUGUGAUGUGUACAGGACCGAGAGCCGGGAGAUCCUCAGCGCGGACAAGUCCACUGUGCAUCGAUUGAUGGAGGAGGGCGGCAGCGUCGCGCUGGUGCUGGGAGGCUUUGAGGAAGCCACGGUCUGCGAGACAGGGAAGGACCGUGUGGUGGUGAAAUCUCGAAAGGGCUUGGUGAAGUACUGCUUGCAGCAUGGGUACAGACUCCAACCAGUGUACUCCUUCGGCGAGGAUGAGACGUACCACUUUGCUCAAGGCCUUUUGGAUUUCCGCUUGUGGCUGAACCGCUUCAAGAUCCCUGCGGCUUCUCGGCGGCAUCUUCUGCUCCCUUGGACAAAUUAUCUUCGAUGAUGGCGGUGGGCGGGUGCCAAAGAAUUCCUCCAACAACAAGAGAAUCAUUGAGUGAACCAGAGUGCUCCCAGAUCUUCUUUGCGGCGUACGGACGGUCGCGCCGCGAAUUUCGCUCCAGGUGGCCUUCUUUGGCAAUCCGAUCGUUCCAUGGCUUCCUCGAAGUCAGGCACGCAUCUUCACAGUGGUGGGCGAAGCCAUUCAG